UCUCCCAAUAAAAAACGCUUAUUGGAUUCAUCCGCUUCCAUCGUGUCAAAACCCUCUCCCCGCUGGUCCCUGCGACGAGAUCGUAAGCGAAGGGAUCGACGAGGGAGACCAGCCUGGAGAUCGAUGUUCGUGAUGACGGCGACGCAACAGACUCAAUAGAGCCACUAUCAUUAUCGACCAUGGACACUGAACAAAAACCAGUUGAUAUCGAUAAUUCAAGUAGACAGAAGCCGGUCAAUGUUGACAUUGCAAGGAAGCAGUCGCCAUCUAUUAAAGAUGAGAAAGUGACAACAUUUGAUGCUUCACAUAAUCCAAGUAACAUGUAUAUCACAAAAGAUGAUAUGCAAGGGAAUUUGGGUUUAUCUGAUGCAAUUGGUGACAAUAACAUGGUGUAUCCACAAGUUACCUUUUCUCCUCAAGCACAAUACUUUUAUGGAGGAUAUGAGAACCCAGCUAUUGACUGGGAAGGCCACUCUCACCUUUUAAAUCUUGAAAGCCUGGAUGUUGGUCAAACUGGUGUCUAUAAUGAGAACCCUUCACUGGUAUACCCUGGUUAUGGUUAUAGCCCUCAGAUGCUGUAUGGCUCAUAUUCGCCUGUCAUGACCGCACUCCCUUCUAUUAGUGGAGAUGGUCAGCUUUAUUCCACUCAACAAUUCCAGUUCUCAGGCGCAUACUACCAACAGCCAUCUCCUACCAAUAUCUCUUCUGCAACUCCAAUUUCACAGGCUGAUUGGACAAUGUCAAUUGAUCAACAAGGAUCAUUCCCUGCUGAUACACUGAAUUUCAAUGCUAACCUAUUCACUCCAACACCUGGGUAUCAUCUGUCAUACAACUCUUCUGGUGGAGAUUGUUUGAGAUUCUCGGAAGGUAUAGGGUCUGCAACUCCAUUAUUAUCAUCAGUUGCAUCACCACAAGCCAUUGCUACUCUCUCUUUUGGACAAAGUACCAUGCCUUUUGGAUUGGGUUCACUGCAACAGAAAUCUUCAUAUGGUUUUGGGUCUUCUGUGGGUUCUCUUGAAAGAGGUUAUCCUCAUGGAGUACAUCACAGUAACAGAUAUGGUACAUCUUUCCCCAACUCAGAGAUCAAGGAUCAAGGAGCUGUUGCUGUCCAGAAAGGUAGGAGGCAAGGAUUAGGAAAUGCUUUGUUGUGCAGUUGCAAUGGCACUCUUGAUUUUCUUAAUGAACAAAAUAGAGGGCCACGGGCUAAUAGGACAAAGAAUCAGAUGACUGAAAAGAUUCCUUUGUUGGAGAAUCCAAAUAAUAGUUCUGGAGGGAUUGAUCAUAAUCUAUAUAAUAGUCCUGACUUUGUUACAGAAUACAAGGAUGCCAAAUUUUUUAUAAUUAAAUCUUACACUGAGGAUAAUGUUCACAAAAGCAUCAAAUAUGGUGUUUGGGCUAGUUCUUCCAAUGGCAACAGAAAGUUAGAUUCCUCAUACCAUGAAGCAAAAAAUAAAGAAGACCCUUGCCCAGUUUUCUUCUUUUUCUCGGUAAAUGCAAGUGCACAAUUCUGUGGGGUAGCUGAAAUGAUCGGACCUGUUGAUUUUGAAAAAAGUGUGGAUUACUGGCAACAAGACAAGUGGAAUGGUCAAUUCCCAGUCAAGUGGCAUAUUGUGAAAGAUGUUGCGAACAAUCUGUUUCGACAUAUUACCCUUGAAAAUAAUGACAAUAAGCCUGUCACCAACAGCAGAGACACCCAAGAGGUGAAACUGGAACAGGGUUUAGAGAUGCUAAGUAUUUUUAAGAAGCACGAAUAUGAAGCAUCAAUUCUUGAUGAUUUUGAGUUUUAUGAGGAGAGAGAGAAAGCCAUGCAGGAAAGGAAGGCCCUCCAGCAUCGGUUAUCUAACUCAGCAAGGCCUGUUCCAGCAGCUUUUAGGGAUGACCAAAGGAACCCUAGCAGCCUUAUCAAUCAAUUUUCAAAAAACUUUGCUCAUGCUCUGAGAUUGGAAGAAAGAGGUGACGCUGAUCUGUCAAAAGAUAAAAAUAAUUCCCUGAGCAUUGGCAUUGCUCCAAAGUCUGAUGAUAUGAUAAAACCAGCAACUGCCAUUGUGACUACAAGCCUUGGUUCAGUGAAGUAGGAAUUGAUGAGCUGCUGAGUAGGUUGCUUUUCAGGUUUGCCUAAAUUUGUUGGCUCGAGUAGGGACGAAAGUAAGCUGAGCCGAGCCUAUCUAUGUUCAAUUCUUUUGUGCUUCGCCAAGAGGUAAAUUCUCAUUUCCCAUAGAUUUACUUUGUAUAACAUUGUUUCUCGUUACACAUUGUGCAAUUGGUUAAACAACACAUUGAUGUGUACAUGCCUAUGGUUGACAUAGUUUCAUAUUUUUUGAGGAUUAUCUCGUUUCUCGUAGGAUUAUGAUACUCUAGAAUGGUGAAAAAAUAUACAAGUCUAUUCUUUUUUCUUAUCAUGGUAAAUGAUCUACCAAAGCAAGGAAAAUGUGAUUAAGCUGAGUACAUGUUUAAAUGGAAUAAAUAUCUUCCUUCAA